AUGAGCUUAUCCUCAUGGCCAGACUGGAUUUCUGAUUUCCAUUUGUUAAACACAUUAGAUCUAAGCUUGAACCCUCUAAACUCUAUUCCUGACAAUGCCUUUAACAAUCUUAAAUACUCGUUACUGCAUCUAUAUCUUUCAGGUACCGGUUUGACCCACAUACCAAAAGCAUUGUCCAUACUCACCAAUUUAACCAGUCUGGAUUUGAAUAACAACAAUUUUACCGACACGUCUGAAUUUACAGGUAUAACCGCGUCGACACUUUCUGAGAGUCUGUCCUACAUAGAUUUAAAUUCAUGUGGGUUGACCAGAAUGCCAAACUUCUCCAACUUUAUGCGUUUAGAUACAAUUAUAUUAUCUAACAAUAGAAUAUCGGAUGUACCUACUGGCUCACUACCUUCUUCUCUAACAUCAGUGUACUGUUUAAACAACAGUCUUUCAUCUGUACCAGAAGAUGUUGCUAGCAUGUCCAGGCUUUCUGUUCUAGAUCUUUCUUACAACCGAAUCACAGGGAUAGAAACAGACUCCCUACCAUCAAGUCUGACAUAUUUAAGACUGGACAUAAACAAUGUAACUAUCAUUACAAAUACAACUUUUAGAAAUCUCAAUCUCUUAAGCACUCUUGACCUCAGUUUUAAUCCAAUCUCAGAAAUCUCACCUGCAGCAUUCUCGGAUCUGGUAUCACUGGAAUCCCUUAACUUAUUAGGUUCACACCUGACAGAAAUCCCUCUAGCAUUGACAAGACUAAAUCCGGACAUACAUCUGUACUUUACAACCACUGAACCACUGUCAUGUCCCUGCCCAGCACCCCAGGUAUUAAUUAAGUGGGCUUCUGCAGUAGGAACUCCUACCGUCUUUCAGUACUUCUGCGGUAACGGACAAAAAGCCAAGGACUAUCUAAGUGGCCAGUGUGGGCAAUCAUUAGCCGCUGCUUAA